AUGGUCACAAACAAUUGUGUACCAAAUAAAGGCUGGUGGCAUCAUUCAGUUGUCUAUCAAAUUUAUCCACGUUCGUUUUUUGAUUCAAACGGUGAUGGUAUCGGUGAUCUCAAUGGUAUCACUAUGAAAUUAGACUAUUUGAAAAAGUUAGGUGUGGAUAUUCUUUGGCUUAGCCCCGUUUACGAUUCACCGAAUUAUGAUAAUGGCUAUGAUAUCCGUGAUUAUUUUCAAAUAAUGACUGAAUUUGGAACGAUGGAAGAUUUUGAUCGAAUGUUAGCAGAAAUGAAACGGCGUCAAUUGAAAUUAAUCAUGGAUCUUGUUGUCAAUCAUACCAGUGAUGAACAUCCAUGGUUUAUCGAAUCGAAAAAAGGUAAAGAUAAUCCUUAUCGAAACUUUUAUCAUUGGGCACCGGGUAAAGAUGGCAAAGCACCAAAUCGAUGGGGAGCUGCUUUUGGUGGUCCGACUUGGCCCGAUUUGAAUUGGAAAAAUCCAGUUGUUCGUCAAGAAGUCUAUAAAAUUAUGCGUUGGUGGUUGAAUAAAGGUGUAGAUGGAUUUCGUAUGGAUGUUAUUAAUUUCAUUUCUAAAGUACCAGACUAUCCCGAAGGUCAUUGCUAUGAAGGCAGACAAUAUUCUGACGGAACACCGUACUACAUCAAUGAACCACAUUUACAUGAAUAUUUGCAAGAAAUGUACGAACAAGUCUUACGUCAUUACAAUAUUGUGACGGUUGGCGAAUGCCCUGGAGCCCAUCUACACGAAGCUGAAUUGAUAACAAAUCCAGCUCGAAAAGAGCUCGAUAUGAUUUUUACAUUCGAACAUAUGGAUCUAGAUGGAGGUAGACAUCAAACUUUUACAUCCCUUGUUGAUCCUGGAAAUCGUGAAGGCAAAUGGAUACCGAAAUUACUUGAUUUACGCGAAUUAAAACAUCAUUUCACAACAUGGCAAAAAGGUCUUUUUGGUAAAGGUUGGAAUAGCCUCUAUUGGAAUAAUCAUGAUCAACCACGUAUUGUUUCACGGUGGGGCAAUGAUUCCAGCCAGUAUCGAGUUCUUUCUGCUAAGAUGCUUGGCACUUGUUUACAUUUCCUCUGUGGAACACCUUAUAUUUAUCAGGGUGAAGAGAUCGGGAUGACCAAUGUUCGUUUUUCAUCAUUGGCCGAAUAUCGUGACAUUGAGACGACGAAUUUUCAUCGUGAUGCUAUACAAUCCGGUCUAUCAUUGGAAGAAAUCGUGACAGUUAUUUAUUCAAAAUCGCGUGAUAAUGCUCGUACGCCAAUGCAAUGGUCGGGUUCAUUGGUUCAUGGUGGUUUUACUAGUGGUGCUGCUGAUGUCAAACCUUGGAUUAGCGUCAAUCCAAACUAUACGGAUAUCAAUGUUGAAGAUGCCUUAAAUGAUCCAAAUUCUAUAUUUUAUUACUAUCAAAGAUUGAUUCAAUUACGAAAAGAAACACCGAUGAUGGUUUUUGGAAAUUACGAUGUCCUUCAUGAGGAACAUAUGCAUAUCUUCAUGUACAAACGUUUUAAUGAGGGUACGCAAGAAAUUAUUGUUGCUUGCAAUUUUAGUCAACAAUCAGUAACAAUCGACGAUAAUUCAUUGAAUGAACGAUUGAAGAAAAAUGGUCGAUUAUUAAUAAGUAAUUAUGAUGAUAAUCAAGCGAAUAAUAAAUCAGAUUGGCUCCAUUUUCGUGCCUAUGAAACUUGGGUUAUCGAAUUGCCAAUAGAGACAAAAUAG